AUGCGGUCCUCCUUGUCCAGGAAGACCUUCUCCACCAAAGGAGGCUUCAGCUCCAACUCAGCCAGCGGAGGGGGCGGGAGUCGGAUGCGAACCAGCUACAGCUCCGUGACCAUGUCCAGGGGCAGCGGCAGUGGUGGGGUCCGCUCUGGCCCCAGUUCCGGGGGCUUUGGCAGCUGGAGCCUCUAUAACUUGGGAGGCAAGAGCGUCUCUGUCAGCGUGGCUGGUGGGGCGUCCUCCGGCCGGGCACUAGGAGGCUUUGGCAGUGGAGCCUACGUGGGCCUAGGGGCUGGCAGGCAGACAUUUGGGCCUGUCUGCCCCCCGGGGGGCAUCCAGGAAGUCACUGUCAACCAGAGCCUGCUGACACCUCUCAACGUGGAGAUAGACCCCGAGAUCCACAGGGUGCGCACCCAGGAGCGCGAACAGAUCAAGACCCUCAACAACAAGUUCGCCUCCUUCAUCGACAAGGUGCGCUUCCUGGAGCAGCAGAACAAGGUGCUGGAGACCAAGUGGGCGCUGCUGCAGGAGCAGAGCCAGAAUACAGGGGUCAGCAGGAGCUUGGAGCCUUUCUUUGAGAAUUACCUGAGCACCCUGAGGAGACAGCUGGAAGCCAAGCAGAGCGAGCAGGGGCGGCUGGAUAUGGAGCUGAGGAGCGUGCAGGAUACUCUGGAGGACUUCAAGAACAAGUACGAGGAUGAAAUCAACAAGCGCACAUCCUUGGAGAAUGAAUUUGUGGUGCUCAAGAAGGAUGUAGACGCCGCGUACAUGGGCAGAAUGGAUCUGCACGGCAGAGUGGACACACUGAGCCAGGAGAUCGAGUUCCUCCAGCACCUCUAUGAGAUGGAGCUGAGCCAAGUGCAGGUAAACGUGUCUGACACCAACGUGGUCCUGUCCAUGGACAACAACCGCAGCCUGGACCUGGACAGCAUCAUCGCUGAGGUCAAGGCGCAGUACGAGCUGAUCGCCCAGAGAAGCCGGGCUGAGGCUGAGUCCUGGUACCAGACCAAGUACGAAGAGCUGCAGGUCACAGCCGGGAAGCACGGGGACAGCCUUCGAGACACCAAAAAUGAGAUUGCGGAACUCACUCGCACCAUCCAGAGGCUGCAGGGGGAGGUGGACGCAGCCAAGAAGCAGUGCCAGCAGCUGCAGACAGCCAUUGCGGAAGCUGAGCAGCGUGGGGAGAUGGCGCUCAAGGACGCGAAGAAGAAGCUUGGAGACCUUGACACAGCCCUGCACCAGGCCAAGGAGGACCUGGCCCGGCUGCUGCGCGACUACCAGGCGCUCAUGAACGUCAAGCUGGCCCUGGACGUGGAGAUCGCCACCUACCGCAAGCUGCUGGAGAGCGAGGAGAGCCGGAUGUCUGGAGAGUGUCCCAGCGCAGUGAGCAUCUCGGUGACCGGCAACUCUACCUCGGUGUGCGCAGGCGGCGCGGCUGGCUUCUCGAGCGGCCUCUCUCUGGGAGGGGCUGGCGGGGCCAGCAAGGGAGGGUUCAGUGCCAGCGUGAGCUACGGCGCUGCCAAGGGCGGGCAGGUCGCCGGGGGAACCUCCAUCCUGCGGAAGAUCACCACGGUCAAGAGCUCUAGCCGGAGAUACUAG